UCCAUAUAAAAUAAAAUAAGAUAUACAAACAACUAUGACUUGAGCAAAAAAGAAAUAAAUAUCGUGCAACUUCAAAUAGUUAGAGAGAUUUGGAAUUCGGUAGGAAGAGGUAUACCGAAUCUAAAUUUAUAAUUUGUAUCUCACACUUAGCUUAUUUUGAAUGUAAUCCGAACUUAGUAGUUUCGUUGUCAUGAAUUUGAGAUAUCAUAUUUUAUAUAUUUCUUAUUUUUGCGUCAAUCUUAUGUUCUUAACACGUGACUUUUAAUUUUCUAUUAUUUAAUAACAACAAAAUAACUUAAUAUAAUAAUAACAAUGACAUUUAUAAUGGUAGCAACAAGAUUAAUAAUACUUACCAAUAUUAAUAAUUAAUAGGAAAAAUUGUUUUAAAUAAGUCAACCUUUUCGUGGUCUUCCAAUUUUAAGUCUAACUUUUGAUUAUUUAUGUUCAAGUUCACCUUACAUUAGUAUUAACUAUAAUUAAGGUUUAUGACUACUUAACCUGGAAAUGCAGGUUGUAUCCGGUAAUUAUGCUGACGUGUCCAUGACCGUUGGGUUUAAUUUUUUUUUCUUGUUCUUUUUAACUCCUUCUACCUCCUUUCUCCCUUCCCUCCUUUAACUGAACAUUUUCUCUCUCCUUUUUUUUUUCUUUCUUCUUCAUUUCUCCAUUUUCUCCGGUUCUCCAUUUUCUUCCGCCCUCCAUUUUUUCUCCUCUGUCUUCCUUUUUUUCCUCGAAAUUAUGUCAGGAAGGAAGCAAGCUUCCUUUGGCUCAGGAUGCUCCUCCAAUUCAAGGAGGGUUAAAUGCAAGUGUGGGAACAAUGCAGUGGUGCGAACAGUGAAGAAUGGGCCUAAUGUUGGUUCCAGAUUCUAUGGUUGUCCUUUAUGGCCAGAUACUAAAUGUGAAAUGUUCAAAAUCAUUGAUGAUAGCACUGCCCAUGAAGAUCUUCAAUUUCAGAUUUUUGAGAAGGAUACUAGCAUAGCUGAGUUGGAGGUUGUUCAGACAUUUAAGGACAAUAAAAUCAUGAAAUUGCAAACAAAGAAGCAUAGCUUGGAAUUAGAAAUUUCUGCAUUGAAGAAAGAAAAUGCUCAAUUGCGUUGUAACUUGGUGCAAAGUGCCACAAAUGAGAAGAAUCUGAAAUUUGCUCUCAUUGUGUUGUGCUUGUUAUUUUGUAUUUUUUACUACCUUAAGUAGAGGUUGGUGGAUGGA